AUGUGUCAUUCGAUUGAGCGUGCCCCCUCCCCAGCGUGGCAUUCGGUUGUCUACCCUCCAGUAUGCCAUUCGGUUGUCUCCCCACACAGGGUGGAAUUCGGUUGUCUCCCCCCACCCCACAGUAUGGCAUCCGGUUGUCUCCCCCCACAGUAUGACAUCCGGUUGUCUCCCCCCACAGUAUGGCAUGCGGUUGUCUCUUUCCCACAGUAUGGCAUUCGGUUGUCUCCCCACCCCACCAGCUUCUUUGCAUUCUUUUGGUUGCAAUUUGGCCCUGUCCAUGUCUUUUCUCCUUUUCAUUGGCAAUUGCGCCAUACCCUACGCAUGUUCUCUCUUUCAUUUGAAAUUGGACCAUACCACCUACUCCUGGUUUUCUUCUUUUUUUUUUUUUGUUUUCUUUUAUUGUUUUUAUUUUUUCCCUUUUUCUUUUUUUCAUUUUCCUAUUUAAUUCGCUUCUCCUUUUUUUCUUUUUACUCAUUCAUUUGUUCAUUUUUUCCUUUAUUUUUAUAUUCUUUUUUCUUUCUCCACCCUCUUUCUUUCUCCACCCUCUUCCUUUCUCUGCCCUCUUUCUUUCUCCACCUCCUUUCUUUCUCCACUGUCUUUCUUUCUCCACCCUCUUUCUUUCUCCACCUCCUUUCUUUCUCCGCCCUCUUCCUUUCUCUGCCCCUUGCUUUCUCCGCCCUCUUUCUUUCUCCGCCCUCUUUCUUUCUCCACCCUCUUUCUUUCUCCGCCCCUUGCUUUCUCCGCACCCUUUCUUUCUCAACACUCUUUCAUUCUCCGCCCUCUUUCUUUCUUUACUGA